AUGUUUCCCUUCUUGGGGUCAAUAUUGGCGUUGCUGUCUCAAGUCUUGUGCAAGACUUCUACCUCUAAAUGUGUCACCAGCAAUCCUCCUUCUUUUAAGCACAAGUAUUACUAUCCGGGAGAUCUCAUUAUUGCUGCGGUUACUUCUCAGCUCUACAUGGCAUCCAGCCAUAUAACAUUCAGAAGACACCCCUCUGAGGAGCUGUUUGAUGAGAUCAUUAAUUUCGUCGCAAAAUGGACUUCUCUUGCCUCUAUGGAGCUUCUUUCCACCCAUGACAGAUUUGUUCCCAACUACAAAUGUGAUGAGCAGAAUAACGUGGUAUCGGUUAUAGUUGGACCUAACUCUCAUAUUUUUAGUUUUGUAGCAACAGCAUUGCAUUUUUACAAGAUUCCACUGCUCACAUAUGGAUCUGCUCCAGCAGGGACCACAAAUUCCCAGUUUUAUUUCUAUCACCAAAUGUUUCCUGAUGAGUACCAUCAAAACGCAGGGAUCCUCCAGCUGUUGCUGAAUUUCAAAUGGACAUGGGUUGGAGUGAUUUUUUUAGGAGACGAGAGAGGGGAAAUGUUUGUUCAGCACGUGGUCCCCCUUUUCUCCCAAAGAGGCAUUUGUUAUGAUUUCAUACAAGAACUUCCAAGAGCAUCUUUCUUCACUCAGAUUGAUGAAAUGGUAACUAUGUGGGUUGAAAGGUACAAAUAUAUUGCACAGAGUACCGCCACUGUGGUGAUCAUCCAUGGUGAAAAUCAGGUCAUGAUCUUUUUGAGAAUAUUCCUCAAGGUUCUAGAAUUUGAGGAUGUACAAAUGAAGACAAAAGGUAAAGUCUAUAUUAUGAUGGCCCAGAUUGAAUUUACGACACUUCCCUUGCUGAAAGAUUGGGACAUAGAGAUUAUGCAUGGUGUGAUAUCCUUUGCAGUUUCCUCAAAGGAGAUACUAGGAUUCCAACACUUUCUCCAGACGAGGAACCCAACUUCCGAAAAGGAAGAGAACUUAAUCAGGAUCUUCUGGGAACAAGUGUUUCAAUGCUCCUUCACUAAUGCGAUCUCGAACGAAAACACUGAAAAAAUCUGCACCGGGGAAGAGAAGUUGGACACUCUUCCUGGGUCUGUUUUUGAAAUGAAUAUGACUGGCCAAAGCUACAGUGUCUACAAUGCAGUCUAUGUUGUAGCUCAUGCUUUGCAAACUAUGCAUUUAUCCAAGUCCAAACGCACACCAGUGGCAUAUAGCAGAAUGCUUGUGAAUCAACAGCUUUGGCAGCUUCACCACUAUCUGAGAAGUGUCUCAUUUAACAAUAGUGCUGGGGAAAAAGUUUCCUUUGAUAAAAAUGGGAAGAUAGAAGCUGGUUUUGACAUUAUCAACUGGAUCAGAUGCUCAAACAACUCCUUCAUCAGAGUUAAAGUUGGAAACCUAGACUCCAAGGCUUCCUCAAAUAAGUUGUUAAGGAUUUCAGUGGAUGACAUCACCUGGCCUAGCAUAUUUAACCAGACACCACCCCUUUCCUUGUGUAAUGAAAAUUGCCAUCCUGGGUAUAAUAAGAUAAAAUUGGAAGGAAAGCCCUUUUGCUGCUAUGAUUGUGUUGCCUGUCCCAGACGGAAGAUUUCAAAUCAAGAAGAUAUGGAUGACUGCAUUCAGUGUCAAGAAGACCAGUAUCCAAAUAAUGCCCAUAAUGUAUGUGUUCCAAAAUACAUAAGCUUCUUGUCUUAUCAGGAACCUUUGGGGAUCACUCUGGCCACUUCUGCUGUCUCUUUUUCAUUAAUCACAGUAUUGGUGCUUGGGAUUUUCAUAAAGUACUGGGACACCCCAGUUGUAAGAGCCAACAACCAAAAUUUGACCGUCACUCUCCUCCUUGUUCUUCUGCUCUCCUUCCUUUGCACCUUGCUAUUCAUUGGCCAGCCUCGGAAACUGACCUGUUUUCUUCGACACACUGCUUUUGCUGUCAUCUUCUCCAUGGCUUUAUCAUGCAUAUUAGCCAAGACUGUCGUAGUGAUUCUGGCAUUCUUGGCCACCAUCCCAGGGUCCAAGAUGAGGAAGUGGGUGGGGAAAAGGCUGAGCAGCUUCAUCGUUUCUUCAUGCUCCGUGAUUCAAGCAACGAUUUGCAUCGUGUGGUUGGCAACGUCUCCACCUUUCCCGGAUGUCGAUAUGCACUCAAUGAUUGAAGGAAUUGUACUAGAAUGCAAUGAAGGAUCAGCCAUCAUGCUCUACUGUGUCUUGGGCUUUAUGGGUCUGCUAGCCAUUAUCAGUUUCACGAUGGCUUUUCUUGCCAGGAAGCUACCCAGCAGUUUUAAUGAAGCCAAAUUCAUCACCUUCAGCAUGUUGGUCUUCUGCUGCGUUUGGCUGUCCUUUGUUCCAACAUACUUGAGCACCAAGGGAAAAUACACAGUAGCUGUGGAGGUAUUUUCCAUUUUAGCCUCCAGUGGAGGUUUGCUGGGCUGUAUUUUCUUCCCCAAAUGUUUUAUCAUCUUGGUGCGCCCAGAGUUGAAUAAGCAUGGGCAGCUUAUAAUAAAGGACAAAAAGAGAGUUAUUUAG